CAGUUUAACAGUUACUAGAUAGCCUAUUCAGCACCUGCACAGCCUGCUACAAAAAUGUCUACCCCCGAAGAGGUUUGGAGAAAAGAUCUGAAGAUAGUUCGUGGCUAUCCCAUGAUCCAUGCUUUUGUACUGAAUUGGGAUAUGAUUGAACAGUUCCAGAGCAAACCAGAUGACCUUGUAAUAACCACUUACCCAAAAUCAGGUACCACCUGGAUAAGUGAAAUUGUAGACAUGGUCCUAAAUGAUGGCAAUGUUGAGAAGUGUAAGCGGGACGUUAUUACUACCAGAGUUCCAAUGCUGGAACUGAGUGUUCCUGAUACAAGACUAUCAGGCAUUGAACUCCUAAAGACGGCUCCAUCACCUCGGAUUAUAAAGACGCACCUACCGAUUGAUCUGCUCCCAAAAUCCUUCUGGGAGAACAAUUGCAAGAUGAUUUAUCUGGCUCGAAAUGCCAAGGAUGUUGCUGUCUCCUACUAUCAUUUUGAUUUAAUGAAUAAAAUACAACCUCUUCCUGGCACCUGGGAAGAAUAUCUGCAGAAAUUCUUAGCUGGAAAUGUGGCCUAUGGUUCAUGGUUCGAUCACGUUAAAAGCUGGUGGGAAAAGAAGGAUGGGUAUCCAAUACUUUUCUUAUACUAUGAAGAUUUGAAACAGAACCCAAAGGCAGAAAUCAAGAAGAUUGCCAGCUUUCUAGGCAAGACCUUGGACGAGGAGACCUUAGACAGGAUCAUCCAUCACACCUCCUUUGAAGUGAUGAAGGACAACCCACUGGUCAAUUACACCCAUGUGCCCACUGUAAUGAUGGACCACAGCAAGUCUCCUUUCAUGCGAAAAGGUGUUGUUGGUGACUGGAAAAAUUAUUUCACAGUGAGCCAAAAUGAGAACUUUGAUGCCAUCUAUAAGAAGAAAAUGUCUGGAACAUCCCUUAAGUUCUGCACAGACCUUUAGAGUACUUACGCUGUAACUUGAAUGUCUUAUUUCUUG